AUGAAGCAGAAUAUUGGUUCCCGCCACAGAUUAAGCUCCACUAGCAUACACAUCAUGGCCUUAGACGGAACCAUAAACGUGAACUCUCUGUUCGCAUUCGCCGCCUUCGUCGGCUUCGCCUUCAACCCCGACAACAGCCUCACGAGCGCCGCCACGUGCGCCGCCAGCCCCGCCUCCGCAAAGCACUUGGUGGAGUUACACAUCUACUCCUUCAGCGCCUUCCUCUUCUCCAGUCUCAUCGCGUCGGCCCUCAAACUGGCCAUCCGGGCUGCUGACACUGGCGGAGACGGAGGGCCGGUGCUCGCCGACAUGCAAAGUGGUGGACGCGUGAACCUGCGGGUGCUGCGAGCAGGGAUUCUGGCGUCCGCCGCCGGCUCGGUGUUCGGCUGCGCGUUUCUGACGGCGGCGCUGGUUGAUUUGGUGCAGAUUAAGCUGGGAAAUUUGAGAUGUUGGGGGUGGCACGCGGCGGUGGCCGUUGCUUCCUUGCUCAUUUUGGCGCCCUCUGCGCUUCUAAUUUACGUAUGCCUCCUCAUUUAUGCUUUUAUUAACUAG